AUGACCACACCGUAUCGCCUCAAUAAACGAAAAGCCUGCCAUUGUAUCCCCGGGUCUCCCUUUUUGAAGCGCCCUCGAACGAAUCCCUCAGUGCCGCCGUGGCCAGAAUCGCGACCGACCGAAGCCUCGUCCCUAAAUGGUCUACUGAGGCAACAUAACAGGGUCCGCCUGUACGUCUCUCCCCUUCAUUGGACCUCGCAGCACCUCGAGCUUCUUAACUUGCGCUAUAAGAAGAAGAAAAGGAAAAGCGGCGGAGAAGUUAGACGAAACGACGGCGGCCACAGGCCCACCUUUGAGACGACAGCAACAAGUCGGCAGCUGCAGUGCCAAAGCACACCUGAGUUCAAGACAUCCGUAGUUCGCUGCCUCCUCCAGGAUCUUGAACUCCAACCAUGCGAGAAGUAG